AUGUUCACGAUGGAGCGCUUGGAAGAGAAUAUGAGAAAUCCAAACCUCCAGGAACAAUUCGUUUUGGACGAGAUUCGAUUCGGGAAAAUUUCCACAAUCACUGAGAAAUUUUUGAAGCGGAACUGUACUAUGUUCGAUACAAGUACAGGGGGACUUCUCAGCCAAAUCGAGCAGCUCCGCGAGACCUACCCGGAGAAGGAGUUCGCGCUCCUGGCAGCAACGAGAGCGAAAGUCGACGCUCUUAAUAGCUGGAAAAUCUGCCUGAUGCCAGGAGCAUACAAGUACUGGGCUGUGAACAGGAAACCGGUGUCAGGAAAUACGGAAGGAUACAAGUUUGUGGAGCACUCCUUCCCCCAUCCACUAUUCCUGGCACCGGGAUGCAGGGUGAUCAUCACCCGCAACAUGCGACGUGACCACUCAGUUACAAAUGGCACACUCGGGAUUCUGAAGGCAGCCAGGUCAAGGGAAGGAACAUUCAUCUACAUCGAAUCCCCCACAGAAACGAUAAGGAGAUGUGGUGGCAAUUUCCCCUGGCGCCAGCAGAAGCCACGACUAUUCACAUCGUGCAAGGGAAAACGUUUGAUGGGGUUGUUUUAG